CCUGUAUCUACACACCUAGGCGAAUACGAGGCACUCGCGGGCCGAAGCACAGCCGCAGGUCGAACGAUUUCCCGGCGCAGCCCACAAGGGCUUUGCGACUCGCACAGAAGCGGAGAAGUGGUUGGGGUAUGACGUUUAUGCGAAUAGUUCUCCGCCCGAGGUUGUUGACCUCACGGAUGGUGAUGGUGAUGGUGCCGGUGAUGGCGGGGACCGUGAAACCCCUGCGGGUGCGGUGGUGCCGUCGAUUGGGAGGGAGUACGCGCCCCCGGACCCCCUAUCGCGGCCGCGGAAGCGAACGCGUCAGGCAAAGCUGGCGAGUGGACGCGACGAUGAAGAAGGGGACAGCAGUCCUUUCUUCUCUUCGUCGCUGCCUCUGCCCAAGCGAAAGAGGGCCACUGCGAGGGUGGCUGUUGAUCUUACGCAGGAUUCUGAUUGUGAUAGUGGUGAUGAUUGUGUGCUGUCGGCGCCGCCACCACGGCGGAAGCCCGAGCCCAGUGGGGAUAGUCGCCUCCGCCACGCGAUUGACCAAUCAUCUUACGGCGAGGACGAUUGGGCGGCUCCUCGUGAAACCCCGGAAGCUCCUGCGGUGCCGCGGCCGACCAUCCCGCUUUCACCUGAGCAGGACCACGUGCUGCAGCUGAUCCUCGACGGAAGAAACGUCUUCCUCACCGGACCUGCGGGAACGGGAAAGUCGUUGAUCCUGCAACACGUCAAGUAUCAUUUGUCAAAAAAGAAGAUCAGGCAUGC